UUUGCUUGCGCAUUGGACGAUGCGUAGUUCGUUCCUAGGAUCAUCCGAUGUCAGUCAUGUUAGUCGUAUUCGCUCGCGGCGCGAAAUAACUGUGUAAAGGUUAGGUGGUGACGUUGCGACGCAUCGUGCCCCUAGGUGCCCCCGGUGCUCCUCGGAGUCACAACAAGUGCGCGACUGGUCGAAGAACCUUGCCUCCCCUCCCGGAGCUCCCGAGUGUGCACGAGCCAGCGGAAAGCGGCGCGAGCUCGCGGUGCCUGCUCUGUAGAGUCUCGACGCGUGUCAAGGAUCUCCGGAUUGCUCGAUUUCGUCUUUUGCGUCGAAAAUUACCGAGGAAGCCACGGAGCCUCUCCGAGACCACUCAAGAUUGGCUGGUUAGAAAAUCCUGCUUCCCUCGACGACCGGAUCGUCCAGAUAAGGAAUACCUCCCUGGGGGAAGUGACUGCGCCACGGCGCAGACACGCGGUUGCAACGUGGAACACCCUACCAUUGAUUCGGAGACCUUGGUGCACCCUGAGGGGAUCCGUUCCAGUGGGGUCGCUCGCGACUUCCUGGAACGUAGGAGACCUCGUCCUCGUGGCAUUUCCGAGAUACAGAUGGGAGCCACCGCCCGCAGGGAUCCUCGAGAUCGGUACCACAGGACCAUGUCCGACUCUCAGAUCGAGAUGCACUACACGCCACCCUCAUCGGAUACGAUACAAACCAAACCGUUCCCUAUAAGAGGCGAGCGGGCCAACUUCGUGAACAAGCCCCACGUGAUCGCCAUGGUCGGGCUGCCCGCCCGCGGCAAGACCUACAUCUCAAAGAAGCUCUGCAGGUACCUGAACUGGAUCGGCAUCAGCACGAAGGUGUUCAACCUGGGGGAGUACCGGAGGCACGCCACCUCGGCGUACAAGUGCCACGAGUUCUUCCGGCCGGACAACGUCAAGGCCAUGGCGAUCCGCACGCAGUGCGCGAUGGACGCCCUGAAGGACGUCUGCCAGUGGCUCGAGAGCGGCGACGGGAAGGUGGCCGUCUUCGACGCGACCAACUCCACGACCGACCGCCGCCAGAUGAUCCACGACAUAGUCGUCAAGAAGAUGGGCUUCAAGCUGUUCUUCGUCGAGUCGGUGUGCAACGACCCCGAGAUCGUCGAGCAGAACAUUAUGGAGGUUAAGGUCAGCAGCCCGGACUACGAGACCAUGGACAAGGAGGAGGUGCUGGCGGACUUCAUGCUGCGGAUCGAGCACUACCGCGAGCGCUACCAGCCGCUGGACGAGGACCGGGAGGCCAGCCUCUCCUUCAUGAAGAUCUACAACACCGGGGAGAAGGUUCUGGUCCACAAGCACGAGGGCCACAUACAGAGUCGGAUAGUCUAUUACCUGAUGAACAUCCACAUAGUGCCGAGGACGAUCUACCUGACCCGCCACGGGGAGAGCGCGAUGAACCUGGACGGCAGGAUCGGCGGGGACUCGGAUCUCAGCGAGAGGGGUCGGGCCUACGCCAACGAGCUCGCCGAGUACAUCGCCCAGCAGGACAUCCACGGGCUGCGGGUGUGGACCAGCUGGCUGAAGAGGUCCAUCCAGACCGCCAAGGAUGUCAACGUGCCCCAGGAGAGGUGGAAGGCUCUCAACGAGAUCGACGCCGGCAUCUGCGAGGAGAUGACGUACAGCCAGAUCGCGGAGAAGUACCCGGCGGAUUUUGCAGCGAGGGACCAGAACAAAUUCUCGUACAGAUACCCAAGGGGAGAGAGCUACGAGGACCUGGUGGCGCGACUCGAGCCCGUCAUCAUGGAGCUCGAGAGGCAAGGCAACGUCCUCGUCGUGAGCCAUCAAGCGGUCCUCAGGUGUCUGCUGGCGUACUUCCUGGAUAAGAACGCAGACGAGCUGCCGUACCUGCAGGUUCCUCUUCACACGAUAAUCAAGCUCACCCCGGUGGCUUAUGGCUGCAAGGUCGAGCACAUCCGGCUGCCCAUCGACGCCGUGGACACUCAUCGGCCGAAACCUAAGAGCUUCAAAGCUAGGGCAAUUGACGAUUGCUAUUGAUCUAUUCAAGCUCUGGUUCCUGGGUACUUGGAGGAGAGGUACAGGACGAGGCCGGGUAACCUCCAAACGUGACAGUAACGAUAACAAUUUGGGAUAGCUGACGCAUUCUUUUCGAGACGACGAAAUAGCAUUUUUGGCAGCUGGCUGCCUCUCGGAGUAUGUAGACACCGGAUCGAAUCAUCGUACUCGUCUCGUGACGUACUCCACUAUCGGUGACCCAAGGAGUACAGGAAAUUAUUAGUCGAUUCACUUUACGAAGCCACGAGAAGAACGUUCAUCGAUGCUUCGUCGGUCUGUUGAGUCAAAUGUAAUUUUUUAGUCAUGAAAUCGCAACCCAUGGAUUGGCAAUGGAAGAAAACACUUGGCACCGGUUUCCAAGGAAAAAAAAAAAAUGGAAAAUGUACCUCCAUUUGUCUCGAUUUAGUUGAAAUUACUACAAAGGAAACUUAAGCACGAGAGUACAAGCGAACCUUACUCCGUAUAAAGAAAGGGAACAUGUGAUACGAAUGUUAAAUUGUCGUUCUUGAGAUAUAUGGUAAAGUACGCUAUAUAUCGAAUUUAUAUACAAUACUUUUGGCAAGUCGCUAGUGGACAAAGACAGCUCCGUUCUUUACAGCUCUUGGCAGAUGAAACCGUCGAAGUAACCUACACGAACCGAUAAAAGGGUAACUUAGCGGAACGUACCGUACCGGUCCCUGGACAAUCUUAAAUACCUCUAACAGUAAGCUAAGUCCAGUUUUCAGUCUUCCCACGAUAAAAAUAAUGCUUUGCUACGAAUUAAUAGUACAUUUCUAAGAUCCACUCAGCCGAUCACCCCCUAGCCUGGGUAGAAAAUAUUCUUACAUGUAAUAUCCGUCAUGUACGACGACUAAACUUCACCAAAAGAUAUUGUACUUGUUGAAAUAUAUUUUUUAUUAGACGA